CUAUUAUCGAAUCAUUGAAUGACUAGGUACUCCCCCAGCCGUCUAGUCAUCGAUGCAGCGGUUGGCUUUAGACUCCGAUCCUUUAGCACUGCCGUAUAUCAGUCAGGUUCCUUAUGAUUCCACCUCGAGCUCUGCUGUGAGUCAAUCGUCCGGUGUCAUAAUUACUGGCUGGUAGCCUAUGUGGAAGCAACCAAUGACUCCGUCAAGGUGAAGCUUCAGGUUCAACUGAAAUACCGGUGCUGCGCCGGAUUCACCUGCUCCAUCCCGACUCAUCCUCUCUUCCUAGAAUCAUUCCUCUAGUAAAUGCAUUGAUGCUACUAAAAUCAAUGUGCUCUCUCGCAUAUCGACACCGGGACAUUAUCUGGCCAGCACGAAUACGCAUACGAACCCUUCCAAUAACUUGAAAAGUCCUGUCUCGGAAGAAUGACACGGAAUCAAAGGGCGUCCGUAUCGGAUCGCCGAAAAGGCGAAUCGGCUUUGAGCGACUUCGCCGACUACGUCCAACGACAGCAAUCCAGGCGCCAACCUCAAGGUGCUUCAAUACCAGGCACUUCAGCAAGGAAUGGAGCGAUUGAGGAUCACGAUGAACUUGCUAUACUCGACACCCUGAACCUCUCCGACGAAUCCAAACGCGUCCGCCUAAAACAGCUCCUCCUCGACAACGAUCCUGACACCAUGGAACAGUCCAUAAGGGACCUGGUGGAGUAUGUCAAGGGAAGGAUAGCUGAAGGACAUGGCGAAGUGAUUUUCGACCUCGGAUUGGAGGACAAUGGCGACACAAUGGGCUUCAAUGCGACCGAGUGGAGCUUUGCCCUCGAUAGAGUCAAGGACGCCACUGAAAAGGCUGGCGCCGACAUGCGGAUAAUCAUGACUCGCAAUAUCAGCGACGCUGGCGACAAGAAAGGUGGGGUUGUCGAGGACAAGUGGGAAGGCGAUGAGAAAGUUGAAGUGGGACCGUUCUCCGCCAAGGAUACUUCGUGGACCGGAAAAGCGAUGAUUCGGCGGCGACCCAAAGACAUGGACGAUGUCAUAGAGCUUCGGGUCGCCGUGGUAGGGAAUGUCGACGCAGGCAAAAGUACCAUGUUGGGUGUGUUGGUGAAGGGUGGACUUGACGAUGGCCGUGGAAAAGCACGAGUUAACCUCUUCCGGCACAAACACGAAAUCGAGAGCGGUCGGACCUCUUCCGUCGGUAUGGAAAUCAUGGGCUUCGAUACGAUGGGGAAUGUCAUCCAGUCCACUGUUCCAGGCAGGAAACUCUCCUGGGAAGAGAUCGGAAAACGGUCCACGAAGGUGAUCUCAUUUACUGAUCUUGCUGGUCACGAGCGGUACCUUCGAACUACGGUCUUUGGGCUUCUCAGCAGCGAGCCGAAUUACUGCUUGCUGAUGGUAGCGGCCAACAAUGGUUUGAUUGGCAUGUCAAAAGAACACCUGGGGAUCGCCUUGGCCUUGAAUGUCCCAGUCAUGGUGGUAAUCACCAAAAUUGAUAUUUGCCCUCCACAUAUCUUGGAGCAGACCAUCGCGCAACUCACGAAGAUCCUCAAAUCUCCCGGAGCCCGCAAAAUCCCGAUUUUCAUCAAAACACGUGAGGAGUGUAUCAACACAGCAACCCAAUUUGUCUCUCAUCGGAUAUGUCCGAUUUUCCAGGUCUCAAAUGUCACCGGUGAGAAUCUUCCGUUGAUACGGCUUUUCUUGUCUCUACUACCGCACCAUGGCAACUACAACCCGAACGCGCCACUGGAAUAUCAUAUCAACGAUACUUUCUCUGUACCGUUCGUUGGCACCGUGGUGUCUGGGGUAGUGAAGUCCGGGGUUAUCCAUUCGGGCGACACCAUCCUGGUCGGUCCGGAUUCAACGGGUGCAUUCGCAACCACGAAAGUGCGUUCCAUCGAGCGAAAACGGAUCCAAGCUGCUGUUUGCAGUGCCGGACAGAGCGCUUCAUUGGCGCUUCGUGGGAUCAGGCGGAAAGAUGUGCGUAAAGGCAUGGUGGUGCUGCACAAGCCCGAUCCGCAAUCCACCCUCCCCCCUCCGAAGGUCUACCGCGAGUUCAUCGCCGAGGUGCUCAUCCUGAGCCACGCAACAACCAUCAAAACCAAGUACCAGGCAAUGCUCCACGUCGGUCCCGUGAGUCAGACUUGCGCGAUCAUCGACAUUGACCGUGCGUAUAUUCGGACAGGCGAUCGAGCCACCGUUGCCUUCCGGUUUGUCCAGCGUCCGGAGUAUUUGAAUGUGGGUGAUCGGAUACUGUUCCGUGAGGGGCGCACGAAAGGGCUGGGCAUUGUCAAGGCGCUGGGAUAUGAUCCGGCGAAGCCUUUGAACCCCGACCUGCCAAACGAGAACGCCUCUGCUCCCGCUGCGUCGGGGUCGGGAGGAACGCAGACUGUGCAGGUCAAGGGGUGACCGGGUAGCCUAGACUUUUGAAAGUUGAAUGAAUGAAAUGCACUAAUGUCUCUUGUGUUAUCUCCUUAUGAACAAGGUGUAUAUAUGGUGAAGCACUCCCGAAUGCCUGCC